ACUAAUCAAUUUACAGGUUAAGGUGUUGCAAAAAAUGUGUUAAACCCACAUACAUUUUAUGGUAUAAAAGGAGGUUAAAUUAUCCAAUUCUAAAUCUUAUUAUACAUCUUCUGGUUUCUUUCAUAUCCAUAUAUAUGCUACCAUGUUUGAGCCAACUUAUUAUGCUGAAGCAUUAACUAAUGCUAAUCUAGAUUCUGAUAAAUAUUCAUUUUCAUUGACACAUUCUGAUAACUUAAAGACUGAUUAUACGUUAUCAACAACCAAUAAUAACUGUUGUACUCCUAGGUCUCUAUUAGCUAUUGAAUCCAUUGGAUUGGAUAAUGCUGAUGUUUUUGAAGUACCUGUGGUUACUCGUAACAAUAUUUGGUCAAAAGAUUUCAAUCAUGUUAGUGAAUCAAUUUUUAUGCCAUUUAUUCAACCUCCCUCAAAGAACGAAGAAUUGAGUUUUGAUACUAAUAUGAAUAAGGAUUUUAGUUAUGAACUGUUUUCAUCCUUAGGAUCUAAUAGCUUUAGUUCAAUUAAAAGUCCAAUAUCACCAACAUUUAUUUCCAAACCUUUAGCUUAUUCUACAGUAGCUAGACAAGCUUUACAAGUUCCACAACGUCAACAAGAUCAACAGUCAAUAACACAAUUUUUAACUUUUAGAAAUUAUAAAGGAAUUAUUUUUACAGUUCCAAAGAAUUCUAAAUUUUUUGUUAUCAAAUCAUAUAAUAUUCUUGAUGUAACUUCAUCUUUUACUCAUAAUAUUUGGACUUCUACAGAGCUUGGAAAUAGACGGUUAGAUAGAGCCUUUAAUGAUAUUAAAAUUACUAGUAAUCCUGAUCUUGAUGGAAAAAUCUUUUUAUUAUUUCUGGUUAAUUCAUCUGGAAAAUUUUGUGGAGUUGCAGAAAUGAAAGAAAAGAUUGAUUUUAAUAAGAGUAGUGAUAUUUGGGUCGAACAAACUAGAUGGAAAGGAAUUUUCCCAGUUGAAUGGUUAUUAAUUAAAGAUGUUCCUAAUAGAUAUUUUCAACACCUUAAGAUUCCAAAUAAUGAAUUCAAACCAGUUACCAAUUCAAAGGAUACUCAAGAAGUUCCAUUUGAUAUUGGUAUUUCUAUGCUAAAAAUUAUGUGCUCAUUUAGAACAAAUACUUAAAGUCCUAAUAGAAAAUUAACUUUUUCAACUAAUUUUGCUAAUUUAACUAAUUUUGCUGCCAAAUUCUUUUGAAAUGGAUAUGCAAUUAUUAUAUAUUCAUCUUAUUCAUUUUAAAUUAUUAUUCUAACUAAUAGCUAUAAGAUAUACGUGAAAUUUUUCUUAUUGGCUGAAUUAUAAAAGAUCUCUUUGAAUUAUAAAGUGGGCUGUUGUGGUUCGAUCGCAAAAAUUGAUAAACGAGCUAUAGAGAAAAAUUUCUUAGUCAAAUCGUAGAACUAGAACUACAAGUAUAG